AUGAAACGUUACGUACUGUUUGCGUUGGUGGCGGUGCUCAGCACUUUCAUUCCGCGCAACGAAGGCAAAGCAAUAGCUAGCUCUAAGGAUGAGUACGCUGGCUCUAGAUUAACGGAACGGCAACGACCCGUUCUACCAAUCCUCAUGCGACUGGGAGAAGAGUAUUUCAUCCGGUUUGAUGACCUAGAGCAGGGUCUGCGCGCUUCUAAAGAAAGCUCUCCGCUACGAGCAACCACCGUUAACCGCGCGCUCCAGCUGCAGCUCAUACAGAGGCUACUGCAGGAAGAAGUCGAUAAGCUUGGUAACGUUUUAAUGGACAGCUUCAUCCAGCUGGCGGACUCGGGUCAGAGGAAGCGUCGGCGUGACGAACCGCCAAUCUCCCUGGAUCUGACAUUUCACCUACUGCGCGAGGUGCUAGAGAUGGCACGGGCCGAACAAAUAGCUCAACAGGCAAGCAACAACCGAAAAAUGAUGGACUUUUUUGGGAAGUAA